AUGGCUACCCCUAGUGUCCUAGCUUUUGACGCUGAGGGUCGCGCCAUUGAUUUUGAGGUCUGGUUAGACGACCUGCAGCUGUUCUUACAGUGCGACAGGGCUGACGACCUUUCUCUCUUUGACCUCACCUCUGGCGCCUCUCCUGCCCCUGCUGCUGAUGCUGAUCCCGCUGUCCGCUCUAAGUGGGCCACCCGCGAUGCUGCUGCACGUCUUGCUGUGCGUCGCCACCUCCCUACCUCUGAGCGUGCGCACUUUAGUCAGUACAAGAGUGCUCAGACCUUGUACGACGCUGUAGUUGCGCGCUACUCCUCCCCUGCCACUGCUGCACUGAGCCUCGCACGCCUCCCUGACUCCCUUCGCGUCGUCAGGGACCACUUUCUCGCAGUCUGUCCCACCACUCUCACCGUCGACCUCCUCGAGAAGGCCCUCCUUGCAGCGGAGAAGAGCAUAGUCGCUGUAGGUGCUUCUCGUGGUGACCCUCGCACCCCCAUCUUUGAGGGGUGCUCUCCUUCCCCCUUGCUGCCCUCUGUUGCCUCUGCUGCUGCUGCCGACCUGCUUGGUCUUGAGUCGGUCGGCGCGGCGUCUGCCCCUAGUGGGAGACGUCGCUCCAGCAAGGGCAAGGGGGGCAAGGGCGCGGGUGGAGCUGGAGGGGGCGGUGGCGGUGGCGGCGGUGGCGGCGGAGGGAGUGGGGGUGGCGGCGGGGCUAGUGGCGGGGGUGGUGGUGGUGGUGGCGGCAGCAGCGGCGGAGACGGUGGUGGUGGUGCCAGCAGUGGUGGUGGAGGCAGCGGCGGAGGUGGAGGCAGUGGAGGCGGCAGCGGAGGAGGCAGUAGUGGUGGAGGAGGUGGAGCUGGUCGGGGUGGUACCCAGCAGCGUAGCGGCGGUGGUGGUGGCCAGCGCUCGCACCGGCAGCAGCAGCAGCGCUCGCGGACAUCCCUUCGCCUCAGCAGCUUCGUGAGUGGUACGCUGGGCGUCAGAGGGUGUGGGGGUGCCCACGCCACCCAGCGCUGCUUUGGCCGCCUGACGGACGCUUGGCGUCAGCAGUUCCCUGGGGCUAGUGAGAUCCCUCGCUGGGAUGAGCUUCUCAGGGCUGGUGUAGCGAUCUUUGAUCUUGAUUUUGAUGCUAUCCUUACUGCUAUGUAUGUUGUGGAUUAUAGUGAGGAGAAUGAGGGUUACCGGUGUUUUCAGCCCGACCCGGGCAUUGGUACUGCUGCGCUAGGUGCUUGUGAGGCUGCUGCUCUAGGUGCCAGUGCGUCUGCGCUCUCAGGUACUGGUGAGACUGCGCUCUCAGGUACUGAGUCGUCCUCGUCCUCCCUCACUUUCACACUUGACUCCGGAGCUUCUCGCUCCUUCUUUCGAGACCGCACUACCCUUUCGCCGCUCGCCAGGCCGGUUGCGGUCUCCCUUGCUGACCCCUCUGGGGGUCCUGUCCUGUCUCACUUCUCCACUGUCCUCCCGUGUCCGGCUGCCCCUUCGGGCACCCUGUCGGGUCUGUACCUUCCCUCGUUCUCUACGAACUUGGUGAGUGGAGCGGACCUGCAGGAUGGGGGUGUUCACCAGUUCACUCCUGCGCGUCAGAGGGUGACCCACUGCACGGAGGCUCGCACAGGCCGACACCUGGCCACGUUCUCACGUCGGCCGGGGUCGAGUCUCUACACCCUGACCGUUGAGUCUCCUCCUGUCCCUGCGUCUGGUCAGGUGGCUGCGUCGGGUCAGGUACUUGCUGCUGCGUCCCGGUCAGGUCCUGAGUCUGCCCCCUGUUCUUGUCGCCUCCUGUCUCACGAGACUCUCCUGUGGCACCACCGUCUUGGCCACCCCUCCUUGCCCCGUCUUCGGAGCAUGGCUUCCCGUGUCCUUGUCUCUGGUCUUCCCCAGUCUCUCCCUCCUCUCCCCUCCGGGCCAGGACCUUCCUGUGUCCCCUGUGUCGAGGGUCGCCUCCGGGCUACUCCUCACUCCUCCCACUUCCCCCCGACAGAGGCUCCCCUGCAGACGCUUCACAUGGAUGUGUGGGGCCCAGCCCCCGUCCGUGGGCAGGGUUACGAGCGCUACUUCCUGUUGGUGGUUGACGACUACUCGCGUUACACCACAGUCCUCCCCUUGCGCAGCAAGGGUGCGGUCACUGAGGUGCUGAUCGACUGGAUCCGCGAGGCUCGUCUCCAGCUCAGGAAGAGCUUCGGCUCGGACUUUCCUGUUCUGCGUCUGCACUCUGACAGAGGCGGAGAGUUCUCUUCUUGCCUUCUGCGAGACUACUGUCGUGCACGGGGGAUCCGCCAGACCUUCACGCUUCCGGACUCACCACAGCAAAAUGGGAUUGCUGAGCGCCGCAUUGGCAUGGUCAUGGAUGUCGCUCGUACGUCCAUGAUGCAUGCGGCUGCCCCCCAUUUUCUGUGGCCGUUUGCGGUGAGGUACGCGGCGCAUCAGCUCAACCUUCACCCCCGGGUCUCUCGGCCAGCGAUGUCCCCAGCCUUGCUGUGGACGGGGAAGGUUGGCGAUGCGUCUGUGUUCCGUGUCUGGGGAUCUCGGGCGUUUGUCCGCGACUUGUCUGCGGACAAGCUGUCCCCUCGUGCUGCUCCCUGUGUCUUCCUUGGCUUCCCCACUGACGCCCCAGGGUGGCAGUUUUACCACCCCUCCUCUCGUCGUGUUCUGUCCUCCCAGGACGACACGUUCGACGAGUCAGUCCCCUUCUACCGUCUCUUCCCCUACCGCACUCCUUCCCUCCCCCCUCCCCCGGACUUCCUUGUGCCGGUUCCCCCCCCGGUAGACCCCCUCCCCCCUCAGGUUCCUGCCCCCUCAGGUGUGUCCCAGGUAGACGCCGUUGACCCGGUCGAGGUUACUGGUGACUCUGGUGCUGCUGCGGGUGCUGAACCUGGGGGUGCUGACUCUGGGGGUGCUGUGCGCGGGGGUGCUGAGCCUGGGGGUGCUACUGCUGGGGGUGCUGGGCCUGAGGGUGCUACUGCGGAGGGUGCGGAGCCUGGGGGUGCUGAGCCGGGGGGUGCUGUACCUGGAGGUGCUGGGUCUGGGGGUGCUGGGUCGGGAGCUGCUGAGCCUGGGGGUGCUGAGCUGGGAGCUGCUGAGCCUGGGGGUGCUGCGUCUGGAGCUGCUGAGCCUGGGGGUGCUGCGUCUGGAGCUGCUGAGCCUGGGGGUGCUGCGUCUGGAGCUGCGCGAGUGGGUGCGGGUGCAGCCGGUCCCGGAGCUGCUGGCCCUGCAGGUCCUCCUGGAGCUGGAGCUGCUGAGGGCGUUCGUGCUGAGCCUGCUGCUGUUGGUCCUGCCGCUGGAGGUGUGGGUGGCGCUGGUGCUGUCGCUGAGGGUGCUGGUGCUGUCCCUGCUGAGUCUGGAGCUGCCGCGCGGCCUCGGCCGUACUUCGUUCCGCUCCUUCAGCAGGUUCUUGGUCUUUCUCCUCCAGUAGAGGGUCCACCGCCUGUCCAGUCGCAGCCCCUACUGGAGCCUUCCUCUCCACUGCCUGCUCCCUCUCCUUACACUGGUCCUACUGGAGGUCUUGCUGAGCGUCGUGAGCCUGCGUCUCGUCCCGCGUCGCCUGUUCGUGCUGCUCGCGCUAGUGGUCGCAGUUCGCGUCAGCGUCCUCCUCCUGUCCCUGGCACGCACCGGAUGUCUUUACGUCCGUCCACUGCUCCUCUGCGUGCCCCUUUGCCUUCUCCUCCUGAGUCCUCUCUUCCUGCGCUUGCGGACCCUGAGUCGGACUCUCUUCGUGCUGCCAGUCCCACUGUCACGCGUCUGCUUGCUACUGUCGUCACUGACCCCUCUUUUGAGUCCACUGCUGCGUCUGCUCUAGUCGCUGAGCUCGUCGACUUUGCUGCUCGCUGUCGUCUCGACUACGCUGCUAGUCUUGUUGCUGAGUCUGCGUCUGUCUGUCCUCCGUCCGUCGGGGGUGAGUGUGCUCUUGGCACGGACGUCCUAGAGGACAGGCAGGAGGAGUUACAGUGUCUAGCGGCUGCUUCACCUCAUCUCGCGUCUGUACUGCUUGCCCCUGAGGGAGACCCGGAUGCACUAGACAUCCCGACUCCGCGUUCUUACGCGGAGGCCGUAGAGGGUCCCUACUCCUCUCAGUGGCAGGCAGCUAUGGAUGCAGAGAUGGCUUCCUGGAAGUCCACAGGCACCUACGUUGACGCGGUUCCCCCUCCUGGGGCGAACAUCGUCAGUGGCAUGUGGAUCUUCAGGGUGAAGCGGCCGCCGGGCUCUCCACCUGUCUUCAAGGCACGGUACGUUGCUCGUGGCUUCAGUCAGCGGCAGGGAGUUGACUACUUUCAGACCUUCUCUCCCACCCCGAAGAUGACUACUCUUCGGGUGCUGCUGCACAUAGCCGCUCAGCGCGACUACGAGCUUCACUCUCUCGACUUCAGCACUGCGUUCUUGCAGGGUAGCCUGCACGAGGAGAUCUGGCUUCGCCGUCCACCUGGCUUCACUGGGACUUUCCCUCCUGGCACCCAGUGGAGCCUCCGACGGCCAGUCUACGGUCUCCGCCAGGCACCGCGUGAGUGGCACGACACACUGAGGACUACGCUUGCGGCUCUUGGGUUUGCUCCUUCUACUGCUGACCCGUCGCUGUUUCUUCGCACCGACACUUCCCUGCCGCCGUUCUACAUCCUCGUGUACGUCGACGACCUGGUCUUUGCCACAGCGGACACUGCUGGACUCGCCUACGUGAAGUCCGAGCUGUUGAAGAGACACACGUGCACAGACCUGGGUGAACUGCGCAGCUACCUUGGCUUGCAGAUCACUCGGGACAGAGCACGCCGCACCAUUACCUUGACUCAGUCACACAUGGUGCAGCAGGUCCUUCAGCGCUUCGGCUUCACGUACUCCUCGCCUCAGGCCACUCCUCUGCCUACUCGCCACUCACUCUCAGCUCUGCCUUCGGAUGAGUCCGUAGAGUCGAGUGGUCCGUAUGCGGAGCUUGUUGGCUGCCUCAUGUACCUGAUGACCUGCACACGACCUGACCUUGCAUACCCUCUGAGCAUUCUUGCACGCUAUGUUGCUCCUGGGAGACACAGACCGGAGCACAUGGCUGCAGCGAAGAGGGUAUUGCGCUACCUGUGCAGUACGUCAGGCAUGGGGCUAGUGCUUGGAGGGCGGAGUCCAGUGGUCCUUACCGGCCACGCGGACGCUUCUUGGGCUGACGACCAGGCUACGCAGCGGUCGUCACAGGGUUACACCUUCAGCCUUGGUUCCGGCUCUGUCUCGUGGCGGUCUACUCGCUCGUCUUCGGUUCUCGGCUCCAGUUGUGAGGCUGAGAUCUACGCCGGGGCCAUGGCUCAACAGGAGCUUCGCUGGCUCACCUACCUGCUGACUGACCUUGGAGAGCCGCCUCGUUCUCCUCCAGUGCUGUACGUAGACAACAAGGCUAUGCUGGCCUUGUGUCGAGAGCAGCGCUUGGAGCACAGAACGAAGCACAUUGCUCUCCGCUACUUCCUUGCUCGUGAGCUGCAGCAGCGUGGUCAGUUGCGACUUGCGUACGUGGCCUCUGAGGCCAACACUGCUGAUGUGUUCACCAAGGCACUUGCGCCUUGUGACCAUCAGCGCUUCUGCACCCAGCUGGGUCUUGUGCCUGUCUUGCCUCACUUGCUCUCCUCUUGA